GAGUCCAGCCGCGAGCUCGCGCGGCAUCACCUCUCCGCGGUCCUCGUCAGCCCGGCUCUCUGCUCCUGCUGUCCCUGCCGCUCCCGUGGAGCGGGGCAGGCAGCAGCCUCCUCGUGCAGGCGGUUCAGCCCACGGGUUCACACAGCGAAGCCACCUUGGCGCUGGGAGCGGGGAGCGUCAGCCGCUCGCGGGGCGCUUGCCAAGGACAACGAAUUCCUCGGGAAGGAGCAAAUCGCAACCGGCCCAAGCGAGGGAGGCACGAGACCGGGAGAGGUCACCCCGUAUCCUGGGCCUCCCUCAGCCACAGCUGGUCUGUCCCGCAGGACCCUGGGGUCCCUGAGAGUGUCCGUGCCUGCCGACCGCUGCCCUUCGGGAAGCGAAAUGUGAAAACUGAGGGGCAAUGCCACCGAGAACCUUUGAUUCCAAUUAGCCCAUGUUGACACCGUUGCACCAGCCUGGGCACAGCGUGCUGCAAAGACACCGUCGGCCUCACUGCUUUGGGGAGCGCGCGGAGUGGCUGAGGAUGCCUGUGGAGGAACUGAGGACUCCUGUCUCUACAUAAGCAGUGGCCGAGAGAGAGACAUGUUGGGACAGCGCCCUUCCAGCUGGCACAAUACUCCCUGCACUGAGACAAGCGUCGCUAACUAUGGCAAUCGCUUGGAGGCUUCUCACGUGGACAGUCAUCUUCACCGCAGCCCUCUGCAACUUUCUGGGUUACACGUUCCAGUCGCAAGAGGAGUUCCUCUCCAGCCUCGAUCACUAUGAAAUUGCAUUUCCCAUCCAAGUGGACCAAAACGGGGACUUCCUCACCUUUGACAUGAGGAGCCAGCUGAAGCAACGCCCUCGGCGCAGUCUGGGCUCCUUGCCCUACGAGCCAUCUGAGCAGCAGGUUUUCUACAAAGUCUCUGCCCAUCGAACCCAGUUCCUUCUCAACCUGACACUGCACUCCAACCUGCUGGCUGAGCACUUCACUGUAGAAUACUGGAAGAGAGAUGGUGUGGACUGGCAACAUGAUUUCCACGAGGAUUGCCACUACGCGGGCCACCUGCAGGAUCAGUACCUGAACUCAAAGGUCGCCAUCAGCAACUGCAACGGACUGCAUGGGGUGAUAGUUGCAGAUGAGGAGGAAUAUUUCAUUGAACCGCUGAGCCCGGGAGCCAACGUCAGCACAGGGAACGAGGGCAAGGGCAGCCCCCACGUUGUGUACAAGCGAUCGUCUCUCCAGUACCCACACAUGGAUGCAGCCUGCGGUGUGCUAGAUGAGAAGCCCUGGAAAGGGAGGCACUGGUGGCUGCGGACACUGAAGCCCUCCCCGCUGAAGCCAUCAGGCAACCACAGCCAGCGAGGCCAGCUGCCCCUGAAGAGAUCCGUCAGCACGGAGCGCUAUGUGGAGACCCUGGUGGUGGCUGACAAAAUGAUGGUGGGGUACCACGGCCGGCGGGACAUAGAGCAGUACAUCCUGGCCAUCAUGAAUAUUGUUGCCAAACUUUUCCAGGACUCGAGUCUGGGCAAUAUUGUCAAUAUCCUGGUGACCCGGCUGAUUCUCCUCACUGAGGAUCAGCCCACACUGGAGAUUAACCACCAUGCUGGGAAAUCCCUGGACAGCUUCUGCAAGUGGCAGAAAUCCAUUGUGAACAGGAAUGGCAACGGGAAUGCUAUCCCCGAGAAUGGCAUAGCCAACCACGACACCGCAGUGCUGAUCACCAGAUACGACAUUUGCAUCUACAAGAACAAGCCCUGCGGCACCCUGGGCCUGGCCCCUGUGGGCGGGAUGUGCGAACGAGAGAGAAGCUGCAGCAUCAAUGAGGACAUUGGCCUGGCCACAGCCUUCACCAUUGCCCAUGAGAUUGGCCAUACGUUUGGCAUGAAUCAUGAUGGGGUCGGCAACAGCUGUGGCUCCCGUGGGCAAGAAACAGCCAAACUGAUGGCUGCUCACAUCACCAUGAAGACCAACCCAUUUGUAUGGUCUACGUGCAGCAGGGAUUAUAUCACCAGCUUCCUGGACUCUGGGAUGGGAUUAUGCCUGAACAACGCUCCUCCCAAGCAAGACUUUAUCUACCCAACAGUGGCUCCAGGACAGGCCUACGAUGCAGAUGAGCAGUGCCGUUUCCAGUACGGAGUUAAAUCUCGCCAGUGUAAAUACGGGGAAGUCUGCAGUGAGUUAUGGUGUCUGAGUAAAAGCAACCGCUGCAUAACCAACAGCAUCCCUGCUGCAGAGGGGACCAUAUGCCAAACCAACACCAUUGAAAAGGGGUGGUGCUACAAGAGGGAAUGCGUGCCCUUCGGCACCCGACCAGAAGGUGUGGAUGGUGCCUGGGGAGCCUGGUCGUCCUGGGGAGAGUGCAGCAGGACGUGCGGUGGAGGCGUAUCAUCAUCCAUUCGCCACUGCGACAGCCCGCGGCCCACGAUCGGAGGGAAGUACUGCCUGGGAGAGCGGAAGCGCUACCGGUCCUGUAACACCGACGACUGCCCGCCGGGCUCCCAGGACUUCCGAGAGCUGCAGUGCGCUGAGUUUGAUAAUGUCCCUUUCCGAGGGAAGUACUACACCUGGAAGACAUACCGGGGAGGGGGUGUGAAAGCCUGUUCCCUCAACUGCUUGGCUGAGGGCUUCAACUUCUACACAGAGAGAGCCGCAGCCGUGGUGGAUGGGACGCCGUGCCGGCAGGACUCCAACGACAUCUGUGUCAAUGGAGAGUGCAAGCAUGUGGGCUGUGACCGUGUCCUGGGCUCUGAUGCGAAGGAGGACAAGUGCCGUGUGUGCGGGGGAGACGGCAGUUCCUGCGAGACCAUCGAGGGCGUCUUCAACCAGUCCCUGCCGGAGGGAGGUUACGAGGAGGUGAUCCAGAUUCCCAAGGGUUCCGUCCACAUUGACAUCCGGGAGCUGAACCUCUCCAUCAACUACCUAGCGCUGAGAGGGGAGGGCGGCGAGUACUACAUCAACGGGAAGCUCUCCAUCGACCCGCCACGACGCUUUGACAUCGCAGGCACCACAUUCCACUACAGGAGGUCCCCAGACGAGCCUGAGUCCCUGGAGGCCUUGGGACCCACCAAUGUCACCCUCUUUGUCAUGGUCCUCGUGCGGACAGAGCUGCAGGGGAUCCGGUACAAGUUCAACGCACCCAUCAGCAGGGAUGCCUCCAACCAGUACUCCUGGCACUACGCCCCAUGGACCAAAUGCUCAGUGCUGUGUGCAGGAGGCAGCCAGAUCCAGUCUGUCGUAUGCAGGAAACUCUCCGAUAGCUCAACUGUCUCCAACCAUUUCUGCAGCUCUGAAACCAAAAUGCCAGAGCGGCAGAGGCCAUGCAACACCGAGCCAUGCCCCCCGGCCUGGGUGAUUGGGAACUGGUCCGAAUGUAGCCGAAGCUGCAACGAGGGUGUCCGCACACGCAGUGUCUUCUGCAAGCGUAAGAUCUCUCCCACUGAGGAGAAGACCUUGGAUGAUGCCUCCUGCACCCAGCCACGGCCAAAGAUGCUUGAGCCUUGCAAUAACCAGACAUGCCCUCCAGAGUGGGUUGCCCUGGACUGGUCUGAGUGCACCCCCAGCUGCGGGCCAGGUUUCCGCCACCGCAUCGUGCUCUGCAAGAGCGGCGACCACAGCACAACGCUGCCCACCUCCCAGUGUCCUGAGGGCUCCAAGCCCCCCACCAGCAUGAGGUGCAACCUGCGGCGCUGCCCACCCCCACGCUGGGUGACUGGCGAGUGGGGAGAGUGCUCUGCGCAGUGCGGCCUUGGCCAGCAGAGGCGAUCCGUCCAGUGCCUGGCUCACACCGGGCAGCCGUCUGGCGACUGCCUGGAAACCCUGCAGCCUCCUGGCAUGCAGCAGUGCGAGACCAAGUGCGAGUCAGGACCCACGGACAACCCUGAAGAGUGCAAGGAUGUGAACAAGGUGGCCUACUGCCCGCUUGUCCUGAAGUUCAAGUUCUGCAGCCGGACGUACUUCCGACAGAUGUGCUGUAAAACAUGCCAGGGGCACUAGGAACAUGGUGACCCUGUGGGAAAACUGGAAGGCAAGAGCUGCGCCGAAGGGCCGCCGAGCCAGGCUCUUCCUCUCGCCCCGGGAACCUUCCCUGGGUCCAACACAGACACUGGUCGUGCUUCCGGUGGGAGCCGGCAUCACCCCACCUGUCCCCCAAAGACACGCACCCUUCGCCCCCGAGCAUCCCAAUGGCAGAUCCCAGUUAAACCACUGCCGGCUACUGCAGAGACCAUGGCCAAGCGCGAGAGGAGCCGGUCACCAUGGUGGGAGAGGGAGAAGCUGGGCAGAGCGCGGCAGCAGGGACAUUACUUGAAAUUCUGAUACUGUUAUUUAUUUAGUAGCGGACCCAGGUUCUGCAGGCGCCGAGGUGGUACCACUCGCCCUGCUCCUGCCUCAUCC